CGCGUUUAUUACAAAGAAAGAAGCUUUUUUUCGACCUCGUCUUCUUCUUCUCUCUCUCUUUCUCUAUCUUUCCCAUUUCGGAAAAAUCGAUCAGGAAAUCAAUUGAAGCCGAGAAUUAUGGAGGCAGCGGCGGUCGUGCAGGUGGAGGAGCUGACCUCCGGCGCAAGCGGCCGUAUAAUACCGGUAUUCAAAAACCUCCGUCACUCGAUCCUCUCGUACGACACCUUUCGCAGAUCUCUCCGCUUGAUAUAUUCCUUUUUCGUCUGGAUCAUACUGCUGCUUCCUCGCCGCCGUCGAUUAUCCGCCACCGCGUCGCCGCCUUCGUCUCCGAGAACGUCUUCGUCAGCGUCGUCUUUGUCUUCGGUCAAGCGACGGAAAUUCGGCAUGCGGAGGGAUGAGGAAGAUACGAUGAAGCGCAGGGCUUUAGCCGAGGCGAUAGAAAUGGUUGCUGAGGGUAGCGGCGGCUGCAAAUGGACGACGUCGUUGUUUUUUGGCGUUCGACGGAAUGCUCUAUUUUGCCGGUCGUGGUUCCCGAUUUCUGGUGAAUUGAGGGGAAUUCUCAUUAUCAUACAUGGGCUUAAUGAGCACAGUGGACGCUACCUUCAAUUUGCUAAACAACUAAACAGCUGCAAGUUUGGGGUUUACGCAAUGGACUGGAUAGGUCACGGCGGAAGUGAUGGGCUGCAUGGAUAUGUACCAUCACUAGAUCAUGUUGUUGCAGACACCGGCGCAUUUUUGAAGAAAGUCAAGUCAGAAAACCCAGGGGUGCCAUGCUUCCUCUUCGGCCACUCGACUGGCGGGGCGGUGGUCCUGAAGGCUGCUUCGUAUCCUCACAUCGAAGAGAUGCUGGAAGGAGUAAUCUUAACUUCACCUGCUUUGCGCGUCAAGCCAGCUCAUCCUAUCGUCGGCGCUGUGGCGCCGAUAUUCUCGAUGGUGGCGCCAAGAUUGCAAUUCAAAGGCGCAAACAAACGGGGAAUUCCGGUUUCCCGAGACCCCGCAGCUCUCCUGGCGAAAUACUCGGACCCGUUGGUCUACACGGGGCCUAUUAGAGUUCGAACGGGGCACGAGAUCCUCCGCAUCUCGUCGUAUUUGACGCGUAAUUUUCACUCCGUCACCGUCCCGUUCUUGGUCCUCCACGGAACGGCUGAUCGCGUGACGGACCCUCUGGCUUCUCAGGACUUGUACAACAUGGCGCCGUCGAAAUUUAAGGAUAUUAAGCUCUACGACGGGUUUCUGCACGACCUUCUGUUCGAACCCGAGCACGAAGAAAUCGGGCUGGACAUUAUUGGGUGGAUGGAGAAAAGGUUAGGUGAAAAUGUGGAGGAAUGUUGGUAAGUAAUGAGGUAUGAAUUAAUGAAUUUGGGAAUAGGUUAGGGUUGGGAAGAUGGUAUUAUUAUGGGAAACUUUGUUUGGAGAUUUCGAUUUAAAUGUUUGGUAAGUAGGUGUGACUUUAUAUCAUAUUUGUUGUGUAUAUGUUUAUAUAUAUAUAUAUAUAUAGAUAUGUGUGUGUGUGUAUUAAUUUAUUUGUUUUGUUAGAAUUUCAUAAUUUGAAUGAAUUAUGUGGUUUACGAUACAUUGUAUAGUUUAUUAGUAUAUGUAUUUUAACAGAUUUUAUUUA